AUGGCGAUUGAGCUUCUCGAAUGCCCGGUGUUUGAUUGGACCUACGGCUUGAUGAUGUGGUCCUCAUAUCUGUCGGUUAUCCUCGCCCUGCCUUUGGCAUUCGCUCAUUACCACGACGGUCAUGGCUCGCCCUCUCACUGGAAGCCACCCGGGCCUGGUGAUUUCCGCGGACCCUGUCCCAUGAUGAAUACUCUCGCAAACCACGGCUUCCUACCUCAUGAUGGCAAAAACCUCACCGAGAAGACAGUGGUCCAGGCGUUGAAAUCUGCAUUGAACUUCAAUACUUCCCUUGGAAGUUUGAUGUUUGAAAUGGCCAUUGUUGCCAAUCCAGAGCCCAACGCUACAUUUUUCACGCUGGAUCAUCUGAAUCGGCACAAUGUCCUCGAACACGAUGCCAGUCUCAGUCGUUCGGACGCAUACUUCGGAAACAACCAUAUCUUCAACAGGACCAUCUUUGACGAGACACGCGCCUACUGGACCGAUCCCAUCCUAACGCCCAACAUGCUUGCAAACAGCAAACUCGCGCGCCAAAUCAACUCUCGUGCCUCUAACCCCCAAUAUACGUUUACAUCAAAAACGGAGGCAUUCAGCAUUGGAGAAGUCUCUGCUCCUAUUGUUGCUUUUGGAAACAUGGAUUCUGGUCUUGUCAAUCGUACACUUGUGGAGUAUUUUUUUGAAAACGAGCGAUUGCCGACUGACUUGGGCUGGAAGAAGAAGCAGGAGGUCAUUAGUCUUGACGACAUUGUCAAAUUGUCCCAGAUGAUUACCCAGGCAACAUCUCUUCUCACUGCCAAAGAGGGCUUGGUAGUACGGAAUCGAGACUUACAUGCCGGGUUUUCGUUUGCUCAUCAGCAUUCAUAA